AUGCUUGCUUAUAUCGUCGUUCUGAUCCUACUGGUCGUCGUCGAUGUUAAAGGCAAAAAGGUGCAAUACAGAGUUGUUGUACAUGACAACAAGAGAGCUUGCAAAGAAGGCGGUGACCGAUACGGAGAGGGAUUGUCACCUCGCUGGUUUUUUUUCGUUCAUUUCGACAGGAAGACCAGACUAAUAGUGAAGAAACGCUCGGAGACAUUCGAAACACUAUUUGCUCGAGUGAAAAAAUCCUAUAGCGUAUCUGAACAUGCUGUCCUGAAAAAGGUUGACGAUUCGAGUCUGAACAAUUAUGGAUUUGGCAUAUAUGUAGCAUAUCUCCUUCCCAAUAAAGAAAGAGUAAAUGAAAACCCCGUCACGAACAGAUGGUUCACCAGACCGGAUCUGAAAAAGGUGGCAGGCAAGGAAGUAAAAUUGCCGGAACCCGGUACAGGAAACGACUUCUCGAGAAUGUAUUAUGAAUCGCCAUUCAUUCCAAGUAUCACCAUUGUGAAGACGGAAGAUGGAACCGUAGUGAAAGUUUAUGCAAAUUAUACGGUCAAUAGUUGCACACAAACUGGGGUCUGGGUAGGAAAUGAGGUCGUCUACAAACUCGACGUGGAAAAGACGGAAUGGACACCAAUAUACUACGAUCCUUGGGAAACAGAUUUCUAUUACUGA